GCCGGGCGCGGCUGUGCCAUGCUGCCUUUGUGCCACGCCGGGCGGGUGGCGCGCGGUGCGCAGGGUCCCGGCGUCCCCGCGAGCACGCGCAGCGGGGGCCGCUACUGAGCGGCGAAGGGAGCCGGGUCUCGCUCGGCUGCAGGGUAAGUCCAGAUGUGAACAGGGACUUCUUCACUUCACUUCCAGUGAGCCAGCCUUGUGAUACCAGUGGCACCUUCUGAAAGCCCAUCAGAGCCUGAUGUUCUUCUGUGGAAACACUAGCCGCUUUCCCAGAGCAUUUGGAGUAACUCCAAACUCCUGGCUGUGGACUAAAGGGAGCUUUAUAAAUGGACACUGACAUGGACUACGAAAGACCCAACGUUGAGACCAUCAAGUGCGUGGUUGUAGGAGACAACGCUGUGGGGAAGACGCGUCUGAUCUGUGCGCGGGCAUGCAACACCACACUGACCCAGUACCAGCUGCUGGCCACCCAUGUGCCCACUGUGUGGGCCAUUGACCAGUACCGGGUCUGCCAGGAGGUCCUGGAGCGGUCCAGAGAUGUGGUUGAUGAAGUGAGCAUUUCUCUCAGGCUUUGGGACACCUUUGGAGAUCACCACAAAGACAGACGUUUCGCAUACGGCAGGUCUGAUGUUGUGGUCCUCUGUUUUUCGAUCGCGAAUCCCAACUCCCUAAAUCAUGUGAAAACCAUGUGGUAUCAAGAAAUCAAGCACUUUUGCCCCCGAACGCCUGUCGUCCUGGUUGGCUGCCAACUAGAUCUCCGCUACGCUGACCUGGAGGCUGUUAACCGGGCAAGACGCCCCUUAGCAAGGCCCAUAAAGAGAGGUGACAUCUUGCCCCCAGAAAAAGGCCGAGAGGUAGCGAAGGAACUUGGCAUCCCGUACUACGAGACCAGCGUAUUUGACCAGUUUGGCAUCAAGGAUGUGUUCGACAAUGCCAUCCGGGCAGCCCUCAUCUCCCGCCGGCACCUGCAGUUCUGGAAAUCUCACUUGAAAAAAGUACAGAAGCCUCUGCUUCAGGCACCCUUCCUACCUCCAAAAGCUCCUCCCCCGGUCAUCAAGGUCCCUGAGUGUCAGUCCUCCGGGAUCAACAACGCUGCCUGUUUACUGGACAACCCUCUGUGCGCUGAUGUCCUCUUCAUUCUCCAAGGCCAGGAGCACAUCUUCGCACACCGCAUUUACCUCGCUACCUCUUCUUCCAAAUUCUACGACCUUUUUUUAAUGGAGUGUGAAGAAUCCCCCAGUUGGGAUGGAGGAGCUGGUGAGGAGGUGCCAUGCAAGGAUUUUCAGGGGCGGACACAGAGUCUGGGAACAGCCGAGGAAGGGAAGGAGGGACCCCAGAGGACCCCUCAGGCUGGCCCAGGAGCAUCUCCGGGCCAGGACCUACUGGAGAGUCCGACUUUGCAGAGCGAGGGCUCGGAUUCCGAGGCACAGAUCCUGUCCGGCUGGAGCAAAGGGUUUGUCAGCAUGCACAGGGAGGUGCGGGUCAACCCCAUUUCCAAGAGGGUAGGCCCCGUGACCGUAGUCAGGCUGGACCCAUCGAUGCAGUCGGGCCCUUUCCGGACCCUGUUGAGAUUCCUCUACACUGGGCAGCUGGAUGAAAAGGAGAAAGAUCUGCUGGGGCUGGCUCAGAUGGCCGAGGUCCUAGAGAUGUUCGAUCUCAGGAUGAUGGUGGAGAAUAUCAUGAACACGGAAGCCUUUAUGAACCAGGAGAUCACGAAAGCCUUCCAUGUCAGGAAAGCCAAUCGGAUCAAAGAAUGUCUCAGCAAGGGCACGUUCUCCGAUGUGACAUUUACCUUGGAUGACGGAGCCAUCAGUGCCCACAAGCCGCUGCUCAUCUGUAGUUGCGAGUGGAUGGCCGCCAUGUUUGGGGGGUCCUUUGUGGAGAGCGCCAACAGUGAGGUGCACCUCCCAAACAUAAACAAGAUGUCGAUGCAGGCGGUAUUGGAAUACCUCUACACCAAGCAGUUGUCGCCCAACUUGGACAUGGACCCCCUGGAGUUAAUUGCCUUGGCAAACAGAUUUUGCCUGCCACACUUGGUUGCACUCGUAGAGCAGCACGCUGUCCAGGAGCUCACCAAGGCCGCUGUGAGUGGAGUGGGCAUCGAUGGUGAAGUACUGUCUUACUUGGAACUGGCACAGUUUCACAAUGCCAACCAGCUAGCUGCCUGGUGUUUACAUCACAUCUGCACCAACUACAACAGUGUCUGUUCCAAGUUCCGCAAGGAGAUCAAAUCUAAGUCAGCAGACAACCAGGAGUACUUCGAGCGGCACCGCUGGCCCCCCGUGUGGUACCUGAAGGAGGAAGACCACUACCAGCGUGUGAAGAGGGAGCGAGAGAAAGAGGACAUGGCUCUGAACAAGCACCAUUCAAGGAGGAAGUGGUGUUUCUGGCACUCGUCCCCAGCUGUCGCCUGAAGAGCAGAGAAAGGACACUCACCCUUGAGGCCAUCUCCACCACUGACAGCUCUACUGUAAAAAAAACAAACA